AUGUCAAAACUCCACUUCCUCCCUCCCAACCCAGGCAAAAGAAUCCAAGUAAUCGGCGCCGGCCUCCCCAGAACCGGCACAAACUCAUUCUGUGCCGCUCUAUCCAUCCUCCUCAAUGAUGAAACCCAUAUCCUCACAAUGAUCGAAGCCGCAGAACGAUUCCCUUACAACGACCCUUCCACCAAGGCAGAGAUUUUCUCAAAACUAGGAUCCGUCCUCUCUGGUUAUGUUGCUACAUGUGAUGCACCUCUCAACCAGCUCGUGCCAGAGUUCAUGGAGCUGUACCCCGAUGCUCUUGUGAUCUGUACGACUAGAGAUCAGGAUGCUUGGGUCCGCAGUGUAGUCGCGAUGACCAAAACCGUCCAGCCCGCGCUGAUGACAUUCCUCUUCUUCUGGAUCCCCAGUCUCCGCCACAUGCCCCGUCUCAUCACAGCCUUCACAAACAUAUACCAGCAGCGUUACGGACCCGGCCCAUCGCUGGAGUCGGAAGCGGGAGCGAGGAGGGUGUGGGAUGCGCAUUACGCUCACCUUCAGGAGACUGUUCCCAGAGACCGGCUGGUGUUCUAUAGCGUUAAAGAUGGCUGGGAGCCGCUUUGUAAGGUGCUUGGGGUGGAGGUGCCGGAUGUUCCGUUUCCUAGACUGAACGAUGCGAAGGAUUUGGGGGCGCUUUUUGAGAGGUUGGCUGUGCAGGGGAUCUUGAGGUGGGGUUUGGCGUUGAUGAUCGCGGCUGGGAGUUUGGUGGUUGCGUGUUCGGUGCUGCUGCUGCGAGUGUGA